UAUUCAUUAACUGGCUAUAUCGGUGAAAUGCAAGGAGAAAGGGAUGAAAUGCAGGAUGCAUAUUACAUCCAAGAUGAUCUCACCGGUUGCUUCGAUGAAAAGCCUAAAAAUGCAGAUAAAUUAGGAUUCUAUGGAAUAUUCGAUGGUCAUGCAGGAAAAAGAGCAUCACAAUAUGCUGCGGAAAAUUUACAUAAAUUGAUCGUACAAAUGUAUCCAAAAGGAAAAGUGGCAAACAAGGAUAGAGAGAUUAAAAUGUGCCUGACUGAUGCAUUUAAAAAAACUGAUGAUGCAUUCUUACAACUGGCCUCAGCUGCUACACCAACAUGGAAAGAUGGAUCUACAGCUAGCACUGUAUUAGUGGUCGAUAAUGUGCUAUAUAUUGCAAAUCUUGGUGAUAGUAAAGCCGUAUUGUGUAGAUAUACAGACGAUGGAAAAGUAACAGCGUUAAGAUUAACUAAAGAUCAAACGCCAACAGAUUACGAGGAACGGAUGAGAAUACAAAAAUGUGGUGGUUUUGUAAAAGAUGGCAGAGUAAUGGGUAUCUUAGAAGUAGCUCGAUCAAUUGGCGAUGGCCGCUUCAAACAUUGCGGAGUUUCAUGCAUCCCCGACGUUAAACGCUGCACGCUAACAAAGAAUGACAAAUUCGUUGUUAUUGCUUGCGAUGGACUGUGGAAGUCAUUUGGUGUUGAUGAAGCGAUAUCCUACGUUGAUUCGCGAAAUUCUCACAUAAACGUAAUUAUACUACAUUUUUGUAUAUUAGAUGAUGAACAAACGAAACAAAUGAGCCAGAAGUCAAUAGUCGUUCGGCGUCAUGCGGCUGUUUGCCGCCAACUUGCAAAGGAAGCUGUUCGUAAACAAAGUGGCGAUAACGUAACAGUUAUGCUAAUAAUGAUUGAACACGAAGAUUUAUGA